UUGAAAUCCUAAUUAUGAGGAGCAAUUAGCUAGAACCCUCCACAGCUGUGCUUCACCCAUGGCCACUCGGCUUGCGAGAAAGCUGCUUGCAUCGUCGUCGUUGGUUUCUUCGUCGUCUUUGAUUACUAGAUCAACGGUAGAGAUCUCAUCUCCGUUGGUUAGCCAUGGCGGGUCCAGACUCAGGUGGUCCUCUUCUUCCUCUUCGUCCUCAGCACCAACAGCUUCUAAUUCUUCAUCGUCGAAGCGCGAGAAAAAGAUAACCGACCGUUUAUCAGCCGUGAUAGACGCCGUCAACGAUCGUAAACUUCCUCCCGAGCUACGUGGCCAACGCAACGCCGUCAGGUCAGAAACCGACAUUAUCAAUGUAGUCGAGCAAAGAAUAUGGCAUUCAAUGGAAGAGGGUCAGUUUGAGAAUUUACCAGGAAAAGGCAAACCUCUUAACCUUGACACAAAUCCUCAUGCAGAUCCAGCAGAAGACACCCUCUAUAGGAUUCUCUCAAAGAAUGGAUGUGCACCCGAGUGGGUUGAACUUAACAAAGAGAUCAGGAGUAAAGUAUCCGAAUGGCGAGUUGCCUUAAAGAUAGCAUGGACAAGCAAAUGCAAUGGAGAUCAUGUCGAAUGGAUCGAGCGUUGUGAAGCACUAAAGAUGCAACUGCGUGACAUUAAUGAUAAGGUUUUCCGGUAUAAUCUGAUUGUUCCUUUUGGCCGGCAGAUGUUUGGACUGAAAUGGGAAAAAGAAGUAGCUCGCCUAGAAGAAUAAUUGGAGUCUCCAUAUCUCCUAGUCUUAUGUUUUCUCUUACAAUCUUUUUGCUAGUCAUAGAUAUAUGCAUAUUUGUUGGUUUGAUACAAAAGUAGUAAGGCAUAUCAUAACUGCCAAAUUUGGGUUCUGAUUAUCUCAAUAAAUAUUAUAGAAAUGUAGUAAUACAAAUGUAAAUAUAUGCACAUCUUCCCAUCUCGCUAAACUGCCAAAUUCAUUUUGUCA